CUCCUUCCUGUCGGACGACACUACGUGGGUAUCAUGGACAGCGUCGAUCCGAUUCCUCUUUUCAGUAAUGCGAGCGCGUCAACCCUCCCUCGAGCCUCAUUGACCACGCUCAUUGUGCGCGACUCGAGGAGUUGGCCUUCUGUUUUGCUUCCUUUCGUCGAGCCACUCAAUGGUACUGGUGGCGAGUCAGUCGAUCGGUCAAGCGCAACGAUAUCGCCUGAUGGGCAGCACCCUGCCUUGCUCUCCUGCUGGCGCAGAAUCGAGGCGCAAAUCAAUUCCGAGCGACAACUUCCUCAUCUCGGACCAGAUUCCCACCAUCGUGUCCUGGGGCUCGGUCUCGGGGAUCUGUUGGCGCAAGUCGUACCCGGAUCCAACGUACACUUCAUGACAUCGUUCCUGCCUUGCGUGUUCUCUGGCCACUCGCACAACGUGGACAUCCAUACUUUGCCACAGCGAGAGACCGUGACAGCACUCCUCACCCUCCCGAUUGAUCUCCUCGGCGUCACCGCGUCGGAAUCCGAAGAAGAGUCAGAGUCAAACGACAAUGAGUCCAGUCGCCUUUCUGACAUGCAGGACGAUCUGGACGAUGAAGGAAGUGCUUCAGCCGUCUCAACCCUCUCUUCCUAUCAACGCUCGUCUCAGCAAUUCUCGAGCGGCUCGUCAGAGCUAGUCUAUGGCAGCGAAAGCAGCAGUCUCGUUCCUUCUACCUCGUCGGACACCUUUUCUGAAGCACAUCUUCUACUGCCCCGAUAUCCCAGCGACUGCAUCCCUGUUGCUGCGUUCUGCAUUGCCACCUAUGAUGAAGUCUAUGGCAUCGUGGCCAGCGCGUUGAUGCAAAGACACACUCUUGGCAUUGACGCUCCGCUGCUUUCUCUUGCUUUUUCCCCGGACACUUGGAAAGUACAGCUUGUAAUCGGCUGGCCAUCAUCGCGUACAAAUCACGACUGCGUAGAUCUGCACAUCGCGCAUGCACCUUUGACGCAGGGAGAGGAUCAUGGCCUAGGUGUCUUUGACGUCUCCAACUUCGCUUCGCUACAUGCCCUGGUCAAUUUUCUCGUCGCCCAUGCCCCCGCUCUUGCGACUCCGGUGGCAAAUGCACAAGAGCUGAUACGAAGCCAGUCGCCACCAGAGCGUCCGGUAUUGCGAGCUGAUGGCGCCGCAGUGGGAUCGGCUCGUCUCGAUUUUCGGACUCGUAUCGAGGCCUGGCUUCGGGGCUUCAGCUCAUCAGAUUUACCCGAUACGUUAUCUCAGGAAGAGCGGCCGCGGGAGCAUGCGCAAGUAAACACCUCCGGCCUCGACUUGAAAGACCUGAAGGACGAGCGGGACAAGAUCUUGCAGGAUAUCGCGAGUCCUGAUGAAUGCAGCGUCCUUGUUUUCUAUCCUGAGUAUCGUCAAGGGCGACGCAUGACAUCAGAGAAAAGCUAUCCCGCUCCGGCCGACGUGACAGUGUUCGAAGCUCUGGUUGAGAACAACGUCGUGUUGCAUGCGUGGCCCACCCCAGAUUUUCCCGAUGAUCUAUCCGGGAUCAACAUGACGAAGAUGAUCUGCGAAGAUUAUGUCUAUGCCUACAAGUUUCCGGAGUCCAUUGACAGUGAUGCUUCGGUCGGUCUUUCGUCGCAAAAUUCGCAGGCCUGGGAUGAUUAUACUCAUGCCGUUGCCGAAGACGACAGACUACGCGACGCAGCUGGCAUUCCUCCAGUCAGAGUCACCGCUGCCUCGCGGCUUGAUAUACUGCGAAUACUGCCUGAGGUUGUCCGCAUUUGCGAGAACGCGCAACGCGAUGUCCAUCCAACGGGAUCACGGCAAAACUGGGAUGCGCUCCUCCAGCUAUGCCUCCAAGACGCAACAAACGUUGCGCUCCCAUUCUCGCAUAUCCGAUCGGAUCGCAGUAUACCUUUUCCUCGAAAUGCCUACUGCGACGCGACGCACAAGAAUCCCUGGUCAUUCACGAGGCAAGAGCCUCUUACGCGUCCGUUCCGUGAAAACUUCUACGGUUUGCGCUGGUGUCCUCCUAAGGUGUCUCUUAGCACGGGGCCUGCUUGGCUUCGGCGAGCCAGGGCAGAGUUGCAAGAAACGAUAGCGGAGGAGCUUUCCUCACGAGUGAACUGUGCGGGUGAUUGGAUGAUCAGGCAGGUUGAGGAGAAGUCGCUCUAUGGCGGCUUGCUUAUCAACCUGCGCGUGCUGGAUUCCGCCGCCGAGGCUUCCUGCGACACUGUUGCUUUCCUCUCCAUCUCUGACGUGUUCUGCGUCGACCGAGCAGACAAAGAAAGUGUGCGACUGAUUGCGGAGUUCAGCAUCAUUGGGAGAUAUACUCCGAACCGACCCUCGCGCCAUUCUUUCACUUGGAACGACGCAGGCAAUGCGAGGGCUCUGAACGCGACAUACCCUUCCAGCCAGGAAGAUGAAAACAUGACUUCCAGUGACGACUAUGCAGAAAGCUACAAUGAGCUACCACUGCCGCUCCUUUGGCUCGAAGAUAGCAUGGUGCACGGGAGCUUCGACGAUGCGUUCAAUCAGUCGCGCUACCGUAUCCUCUCUUCCGGUCGCUUCUUGGCAGCCCUGGGGAUCUAUGAUCUUCCCAUCUUCGCUAUCGCCACGGCAGGGUCAAAAGCCCAUCUUCUCUGCGGCUGGGCGACGAAAUCCGCCCCCAAUCCCGAGCCUUGUGACGUCCUCGUGCAUAUUGCAGAUAUCAAUUGUCCCGUUUGGGACCUCCAAGACACCAACGAGGCUAUCAAAUUUUGUGCUUUUCUUCUUCGACUCCGCCAUCUGCACGCGCGCAGGCUUCGAGAGGCGUUUGACGCGUGCAGAGAAGAGUUUACCCACGCAUGGCAAUGCGACCCGACCACUCGCCGCUUCCAGUGGACCUUGCAACACCAGCAGCGCGACGCCCUACUUAAGGACCUGUAUGUAAAGCGCAAAACGCAGGAAGACAAGUCAAGAUAUUGGCGUCCAAGAAUACACGAAGUCGAGGAGUUGAUGGAGGCUUUGGAAGUUCCCGCCGCUGCGGAGUCCUCUGUACUUGCGCGCGUGUGAGCACCGGACGACAGGGCUCGGCGCAUGGAUUCGGAAGAGCCCGAUGAGCGCCAGAAACACAUAACCUCUUUCCGCAGAAGGAUCAUGUAGUUCUGCUACCACGUGUAGCUUGAGUAGGUCGGUUCGUGAGCGGGCGGCGCAAGGCACUCAUAACGACAAUUUUCGUUGUGCUCGAAUCUCAGAUGUAUGAGGAACAGCAGCGGUCUGGUAGGUGUCGAGCGGCACGCCGACAGGAUUUGGGCUGCCCUACUAGAUACAAGGGCAAGUACGUCAGCAUGUCUUGACGUGCAGGGAAUACAUUGAAUUCUGGUAGUGUG